ACGGGGUGCUCCUCAUGGCGGACGUUACACUUCGAAAUUGGCUUAAAGCCCAGGAGAAAUCUGAUGUGCCAGCGCCAUCUUUUUUAGAUGCUGAGGAUGGAAUGGUGUCGUGGAGGAAACCAGCUGUGGGUCAUUUGAAAAUUAAUGUUGAUGCCUCCAUAUUUAGGGAGUCUUCUUCUUUUUGCUUUGCUGGGUUAGCCCGAGACCAUGAGGGAGGUCUGAUUGAAGCCUUUUUCAGGUGUCGCAUGGGAGAUGUUCUUCCAGAAGUAGCCGAGGCUAUGGGCGUUCGUGAGGCGUUGAGCUGGCUAAAACAGAGAAGCUGGACUCACGUGAUCAUUGAGAUAGAUAGCUUGUUGGUUGUUCAAGCAAUAAGGAGUUCUAUCUCUAUGGUUUCUUACUUUGGUAACAUUGUUGAUGAAUGUAAAUCUCUGCUGAAGGAGUGUCAAAAUGUCUCUGUUUUGUUUAUUAAGCGUUCUGCUAAUAGGGCUGCCCAUGCUCUUGCACGAGCAUCGCCUAUUGUUGCUGAUUGUAUGAUGUUUAAAGAGGAUAUUGCCUCUAGUGUGAUGGAUGUACUGGUGCAGGAUGUUUGUUAA